CUUGCAUUUUCACCACAGAAAUCAUCAACAUUCAACCAUUUCAGCAAAUAUGUUACAACUUUUAUUUGCACUUUUGUCAAUAGAAUUAACAGUAAUUCUAAUACUAUCAUUUGCAAAUCCAAUAAGAAAACUAAUGGUGAAAGUGCUAGAUCUUUUGAAACGUGGAAGAGGUCCAUUAAUCACAAAAACCGUAGCAACCACUGUCUUUGUUGUUUUUGGAUCCAUCAUAUUUACUAUAGUCAAAAUCCAUAAACGUUCAAUGGAUUCUGGCAGUGUUAAUCCAACUGAAGAAGUUCUAAUGGCACAUCAUCUCUUAGAAGCAUCUCUUAUGGGAUUUUCUUUAUUCUUUGGAUUGAUUAUUGAUAGGCAACAUUAUUAUGUUAAAGAGAUAACUUCACUAAGGAAGAAUAUGGAAAAGGUGAAGAAAGUAAGCCACAAUCAUGAAUCAUCAAAGAGAAGAGAGAUAGAGGAAACUGAGAUGAAAAAGAUUAAUUAAGUGGAAUGUGAGAUAAAAGUUUCACAUUACCAUAAUCAAUACAAGUUUGAUAUAUUUAUAUAAUUGUUGAAAUCAUGUAUCUAUUGUUCAUAUGAAUGAUUUAUUUUAAAUUUUAAGUAAUGAUUAUUGAAUAUAAAGGGAAUAUUAAAUUUGGA